AUGGCUAACAACGCACGUCCUCUUAGGGACUACGCCGUUCCUUCCGAAGAAGAACCGCAUUCGAGCAUCGCGCCCCCUAACAUCGAAGCAAGAAACUUCGAGUUGAAACCCGCUUUGUUGCAAAUCGUGCAACAAAACAAGUUCUCUGGUUCCCCUACGGAGGAUCCUAACCUCCAUUUAUCAGUGUUUGUGCAGUACGCAGACACAAUCAAAGCCAAUGGUGUCGAACCCGAAGCUAUACGACUCCGUCUUUUCCCGUUUUCUUUAAGAGAUAGAGCUAGAGCUUGGCUCCAAGCUCUACCUUCGAACUCCAUCACUACAUGGAACGAAUUGAAGAAACAAUUCUUGGCUAGAUACUUCCCGCCAAGUAAGACAGCUAUGCUAAGAGCCCAAAUCAACGGAUUUAGGCAAAAAGAAGGUGAAUCACUUUUCGAAGCAUGGGAAAGAUACAAGGACAUGAUGAGACUCUGUCCACACCACGGUCUAGAACAAUGGCUCAUAAUCCAUACCUUCUAUAAUGGGCUGCUUUAUAACACAAGACUAACCAUAGAUGCAGCCGCCGGUGGAGCACUGAUGGAUAAACCAUACCAAGAAGCCACCCAGCUUAUAGAAAACAUGGCCCAAAACCAUUAUCAAUGGGGAAGCGAACGCGCUGCUAUAGAGAAAUUCCAAACAAAAGGUGGUAUAUACGAAGUAAGUGGCAUAGACCAUGUCAACGCCAAAGUAGAAGCCCUUACUCAAAAGUUGGAGAGUUUAACCCUGCCAACCACAUCCACCGUAGCUGCAAUCCAACCAAAUUGCGAAGUAUGUGGAAUCCCUGGUCACGUACCAUCUGAUUGUUCUAUAUUAGCCGGACUCGACCAAGUGCAUUAUGCCGCUCUGUCCAAUAACUAUAAUCCUGGCUAUAAGAACCAUCCUAACUUAUCUUAUAGGAACAAUAAUACACUCAAUCCUACUCAAGCCCCUCCAGGUUACCAAAAGCAAGGAGCACAACCAGCCGCACCUUAUCCACCAAGGAAGUCUAACUUCGAUAUUAUGAUGGAAAAAUUCUUAAACCAAAACAUUCACACUAAUGAAUUGGUAAAACAAUUAGCAACUAAGGUAGAUGCCCUAGCUACCCAUAACAAAAUGCUAGAAACACAGAUUUCCCAGGUGGCACAACAACAAGCAACUAUUGCCACCCCAGCCGGCACAUUCCCAGGACAACCCGAGCCUAACCCAAAAGGGCAUGCGAAUGCCAUACAUGCUAUAAUCACAAGAAGUGGAAAGGAGUUGCAAGGACCACCAGAUUCUGGAGUAAAAAACUCAGAAAGCGCUAAGAUAACCAACAAGGAAGCCGAGAGUAGUGAACCACCAAAAGAGCCUGAGAGAGAAUCCGAAAAUCCCCAAUUAGGAGAUAAGGAGGGGACAACUAAAAAGCUUACGCCUUCUGCACCACCUGUUUACAAAACACCUAUCCCUUUUCCUCAAAGAUUAGCUAAGACUAAAACUGAAGGACAUUUUAAGAAAUUUGUAGAACUUCUGAAGCAACUAAACAUAACCAUACCUUUCUCAGAAGCAAUAACAUAA